GAAUCGUCCUCGGUCCGCCCACCAAACACAGCGGCUACCGUCAGCGCUGCUGGAGUCCGACACCGAGCCGUGAGGUGAGCGGCCAGUCAGCCACCCAGCUCCCUGUUGCGAUGGAUGCCUGUGCACGUAUUAGAGGAGUCCCCAUAAGGUCCAGGACCUCAGUCCGGAAAGAGACUGUGCGUGACAGCGGGGCGCAGUGUGUGAAGAGCCUCUUUAGGAAUAAAAAGGAGCUAUGCAGCGUUGGCCUGGAGCUGCCAAGCAGAGACACCACAAGACUGACAGAGAUUCAUUUUGUGUGUCUGCCCGGUCAGUGUGAAGGGGAAGAUGUCACCCAACAGGCUCUGCUAUCUAUGCCAGGAGGGCUGUGUGAGCUUCUUAGGUCCCUCCACGUUCAGGGCCUCAAGAACGACGAAGUUCUGCUGCUCAAAGACACGCGCAGGCUGGCAGAGCACAAGGACGGCGGGCCUCAGUGUUGGUUAAAGGCUGUGUGUGUGCUGAGGCAUAACCCCAGCACGUGCAUCUACCCCCAGGCCAGUGUAGCAUCUUUAGUGGGCUUGCUGGGAUGCUAUAUGGCAGGCGUGCGCUACGCUUUGGAGCUCCAGGCUCUGCAGAGGGGCACAGCUGAGCCCAGCCAGCCGGAGGAAGAUGACACCAACCAGUCAGUGUCAUCAAUCGAGGAUGACUUUGUCACGGCCCUGGAGCAUCUGGAGGAGGACGACACAGGAGACAAUCCCUCUGCAGCUUCCUAUCGCCAUUUUAAAAAGCGUGAUGUGGCAUCACAGACCAUCCCAGCCCACAAGAGAAAAAAGGAAUUAUCUGGCUCCCGUAUUAUCAUGAGCUCAUCUUCAAAAAAGAAUUCAGCCAAACACAAAUCUGGUCCAGAUGUGUCCGUCACAGUACAGAGGUCAUCGGGCGUGGAAUCCCAGUGGACUUAUUGUAGUCCCGGAGCUCGCCUCCCCUCACCUUUGAUUCAUGUAAGCGAAUCGGAAGAGUCAGACUGCUCCAGCCCCAGCCCAAUCAUUUUCCUGGAUGAGGUGGGCUACCAGAAGAGCCUGCUUGCAAAGCUGGACAUCCCCCAGGUGCCAGGGGGUCCCAGAGAGCGAGUUGAAGACUCCGACUCUGAAGUCAGUGAAUUCUUUGACAGCUUUGACCAGUUUGAUGACCUGGAGGAGCUGAGCUCAGAGAACAGCACUCUCGCACUGCCUCUGGACGCCAUCAGUGCACCAAGCAUGCAGAACCCGUCCAGUGGGUCAGCAUCUAAAUAUGUUUCUAGGGGCUGCUCAACCAAGGGUAUGAAUCCUCACCGCUUUGAUCAUCCCACUCUCCCAGCCGAUGUGAAAAAACCCACUCCUCUGAAACCAGGCUCUCCCUACUCACUUCACUCUGAGGUGCCUGACUCCCCCCGACCAGUGCAGACCCCCUCUGAGGAGAACGGCGGCCCACUCUUCAGUCCUGUCAGCUCGUCGGCCUUCAGCCCUCUGGUGGACUCUGGUGGACCGCUGGAAUACUUUUGGAAGACAGAUGAGGAUGGACAGGACAGUCCAGAGCUGCGUAAACCCCAAGACCUCUGCUCUUUGUAUAAGACCUACUCAGACUUUGCCAGCAGUCUAUCUAAAGAAAUUCUAGGAUCUGUGUGUGGCUAUCAAUCUGCAGUUGACAUCAGUGACAACAAGAAUCUCAGCUGCGUCUGCCACAAGGAAUUCAAGAACCCUUCGGGCUACGUGAUGAAGCUCUCAGAAAUACAAGAGACCGUAACAGUGGCCAAGCUGCAGAAGAAGUCCCAGUCUCUGAAGGAUGGCAUUCAGAGGUUUGCCACGGACCUGGUGGAAAUGAGCUUGGGCAGCGCCUUGAGAGACCUCCAGAAAGGUGUCUCCUCCUGCACCACCACCUUGUGUCACCUAGCUGCCAGGCUUACCUCCUCAGUGUUUCAGAUGGCCUUCCAUGAGAUCGGCAUGCGCCACGCUUAUGUGCUGAAAGAACGAGCAAUCAAUGGACUAGCUGGCUUCCUGGUCGGAGAGGCUGUGUCUGGGGCGCUGAAAGAGUUCCUGACAGUGAAGAAGCAGAUUUUCCACAGCACGGUGACACGAUUUGCUGCUGAUCUGGCUGAAGAGCUGGUGUUUGAAGGCAUCAUGGAAGUAUGUCAGUUCUCCCACCCUUCAACCCCUCUCACCCCCAGUGAUUGGUCGUUUGGCCACGGGCAAGAGGAGGAAGAGGAGGAGGUGGUGGUUUCCUCCUAUGCUUCAGACUUGUCCGAGUCUGUUAUCCAAGAGGCCUUCAUAGAGCUCUCCCAGGCUGAUGUUGCCUUCACUAGCCAAGCAGCUAUCAGUGUGUCUCUGGACAACAUCUGUUACGUGAGUGCAGAGAACUCAAGUGCUCAAACCUGCAGCACCUUUGCUAACCAGCAGGUUUUAAGUGCCAGCUCAGCUGCAGCGACCCCAGGGCCCUCAGGAGAGGAUGCCUCCUGCACGGUGAAGAAAGCUCUGUUCACUGUAUCAGGCAUGGCCAGCUGUAUUCCUGUGCCCCAAGCAGGCCAAGCCCUCUCCCACAUCCACAAUUCUGAAGAGACCAGUCAGUAUAUGUCGAGCUUGUCAGAAACCCCACAGGCCAGCCCUAAGAGAGUAACUGUGUCCUCCUCUGACAAUGCCACAUAUACACAAUCUCACCUUUACAGUCAUGGAACUCAGACCCCGAUACCUGGAGAAGACCCUUCCCAAGGAAAGUCCCCGUUCCAAAACUUCUCUGGCAACAUGGUGGAUAUGAUAGUAACUGAGGCUUGUGAGCUAAUAACUGCUUCUAAGAUGAAGAAGAGUUUUGGUGACUGUGCUGAUUUCUUCACAAAGACAAUUGGGAGCAGGAGGGACUCUUCUUCUAGGCAGGAGACGGUUCAUUACGAGAGUCCAGACUCCCCCCCUAAGCAGGGAGCUGGCUUCAGAUACGACUGUAGAGAUUCUGGGUAUGCUAGGAAGGGCGGCCCUGGUGAGCAAGCAACAGACUUUAGUAUUCCUCACAUUUCCUUUCAGACAGGCUCUCAGAGCCAGGGGAGAGCCAGCUGUGAGUUAGACCCCAGGACCAGCGGUGGGGCUGAAACCCAUCCUGUGAUAAUGGAUACUCUAGGCGUACCGGGCGCCGAGAUGGGUGGACAAAGGAGGAUAUCUGUUCCUGGGGAUGACUUGUCUCCAAGCUCCGGCCAAAAAUCUGGUGGGACUCCUGGCACUCCUCCUUCUACCCCGCAGCAGCCCAGUGAGGUGUCAAAGGAGAAGCAGAUAAAACAGUUCUCCAAGAAGCUGAAAAGCAAGCUAGCCAAGGAAUUUUCCCCUGCUACACCCCCACCCACCCCUCACUACCAGCCUGAGCCUGAGCCAAAAGACAUCACCCCUGAGGCAGACAAGGCUGAGUUCAUGCUCAAACUGAUGAGGUCUCUCUCUGAGGAGGCAGAUGGGAAUGAGGAUGAAGAGGAGGAAGAAUUAGCAGAAGAGGGCGGUGUUGGUGGCACUAACAGAUGUUCAGAGACAGGGGUCGGCCGGCAUGAACUGAACCAGAUGUCCGCUCGCAGAAUGUCCAACAAAGAAGCGCUCCACUAUGCUGAGCGGUUGGCUUGCCACAUUGUCUCCAUGGCAACAGAGAUGGACACCCUGGGAGUGGCAGAGGAGGAGGGCGAGUUGAGCAAGGGCAGCGAGAGGAGGAGAGACAGUGUGGCUCAGUUCUCAGAGCAGACCCUGAACACCUUGUGGGUGUACGCCGGGGAGGUGGCAGGAGAGGUCAUCAAUGAUGUGAAGAAGAUGGUGAGCUCUGCCCAGCAGUGCCCACAUCACAGGGCUGUCAGAAGAAGAAGCUUUGACAGAUCUAGCUCUGAAUGUUUGCAUCACCACCACCAACACCAGCCUCAACCCUGCACAGACCAGAACAGAGACUGGAGGGUGGGGAGGCUGGCCGAGCAAUGGUCUAAUGACCUGAUAGCAUCUGUGUUCCGGUCUCCCACCUCCACUUCAAGCACCGUCUCCACCUCCAGCUCUGGCCUGUCUUCAGAGUAUCCAAGCUGUGAGAGCGUGACGGAUGAAUAUGCUGGCUACCUUAUCAGGGUACUGAAAAAGGAGGGAGGCAGCAGGGAGUUGGUCCUGGACCAGUAUGCGAGCCGUUUGGCCUACCGCUCUAUCAAACUGGGCUUGGCUCAUGCUAGUCGCAAGAUUAAGCAGAGAUCCUCUAGCACCCGCCUUCACUCGUCCAAGUCACUGCCAGAUGAAUGGAAAGCAUCUGGUAGUGAGGUGUCAUCGCCCAAGGACAAGGCAGAGUCAGUAGUUUGUCCCUCAGGCGAGGACGCUCAGUGUUGCUGCAGGGACUCUGAUGAGCAGAGUCAGAGGGAGUACAUGGAUCUGGUCAACUUCGCAGAGUCUUUAGCCUACAACAUCACCUGUGAUGUGACACGCAAGCUUCAUCUUUCCUCUGCACGACUGCCCAAGUCUCUCACUGACUCGUGUCUUUAUAAGAAAUCCAAGCUUGAAGACAUGGCAGAGAAUCUCAUCAGGAACUCCUUCUCCUGCCCCCUGUUGUCCAAGGAGGCUAAGAGCAGGCAUUACCACAGCACAGGAAGCCUGUAUGAUGGAGGCUACAGGAGUAGGGUGAUGCAGGUCAUCGAGCAUUACGCUAGGAAGAUAGUUGACGACACUCUGAAGAUGAGCCUGGCUUCAGUUGGACAUUCAUCCCGGGAGCACCAGAGGAACCAAGGCCAUGACAGACACUCUCACACCCAGAGGUUGUCUGAGGGGCCAUCACUGGGCCAAGCCCUGGGGGAGAGGACAUGCCGUUACUGUCAGGUCCAGGAGUGCCCGUACUGCACCAAACUUAGCAGGCACCACCACCAGCCCGUGUUACAGAGGAGGAAAAGGGGGUCAGAAUGUCAGGCGAGGGCUGAGCGGCUCCCUAGCCUGGAGAUUCCCAAGAUCCACAUCGACCUGGAUCACAGGGUAGUGUUUGCAGAGGGGAUGGUGUCCAUGGCGAUGGAGACAGCGAAACGUGAGCUGAGCAACACUAGCCUUAAUGCAGACAGUGGCAUCGGCCAUGAUGGAACCAGCUACGCUGAGAGCCUGACAGCUGAGAUCAUGACGUCAGCCCUGUCCAACAUCUGCCAGACCGGCAAUGUCAGCUUUCCGGGUCGGGAAGCCACUGAGUCCUCUGUGUCCCAGCAGCUGAGUGUCGGAGAUGACAGUCUGGGCAGCUGGUCUAACCUGAGCUUCGAGGACGAGCACCCAGACGACAACAGCAGCUUCCUCCACCUCAGUGACAGCAGCAAUGGGAACAGCAGUAGCUGGAGCAGUCUGGGCCUGGAGGGGGAGGCGUGUGAGGAGCGCAUGUCAUUCUCUCCCUCUGACAGUGACAACACAGAGGACAAGGAGACCGAGGUCAAAGAGGAAUCCAGCGGGACUCUCUGCGUGGACAGGACUCAGGUGCAGGCUCCCAGGAACACACUGGUCAUUGUGAACUCUGACGUCAGGGAGCCCGGGCGCGGCCCUCAGCACGUGACCCUCGACCCUCAGCUCAGGAGCAUGCUGCAGUGGGCGGCAGCCUCCAUGGCCGACAUCCCCCUGAUCCAGCUGAGUCCUGACAGAGAGCUGCAGCAGCUUCCAGUGGUGGUCCAAAGGCUUCGGGAGAGGAAGUGGAGGGUGGGAGAGCUGCUGCACACGCUGCUGCGCUACUGUGAAGAGGGUCAGGCGCACGGUCAGAGCCAGGCCAGAGAGGAGGCACUGCAGGCGGGCAGAGAACCUCACCGCAUCCCCCUCUUCCAGUGGCUCCUGGAGCACGCCUAAGGCCUCUCCUCCUUCUCCUCCUUCUCCUCCUUCUCUUCUCCUUUCUCCUCUCCUGUCCUCAGUUCCAAACAGGGCUUUGCAAACUCCACAGCCCCUAGAGGGCGCCAUACAAAUCAGCUGAUCUAACUUACUCUGAUGAAUGUGGGUGGCGUGUGUUUUGCAUUGCAUGCUGUGACCAAGAGUACAUCUGUUGUAUUUUAUUUUUCUUUCCACCUUCUGUUUUGUUGUUGCAGUUUUUCUUUAUUGAUCAGGCUGCACACAUCACAUGUUGAUUUAGUGAGCUGUCCCUCCCCGCCCUCUUACACGUCCGAAGCCCUCACACCUCGCUGCCAUUGUGCUUGAGCUACAGAAAGAGGAGAGACAGAGAGACCCAUCCCAUCUGCUCCAGACAGAAACGCAGUGAGUUGAGAGAAAGAGAAUGUGUUUUUUGUUAGGGAAUCCCCACAGCUGCUGGGCGGAUGAUGUCAUCACACCCACGGCUCACCUCUGUGGUGUUUCCACAUGUUAAGAGACCAACUGUGCACUCACAUGCACACACCACACCCUUGUAUUAUCAGAGGGAAUCUGACACUCCAGCAUUAUUCCCCUAUAGUAUUCCAUUAUUGUAUUAAUCCCCUCACAAUCACUGUGCUCGUCAUUCUCAGUUUGCUGCGGUGAGGUUUUUCUCUGGAGCUCUGAGUGAGUUUUAUUAUCAGUUUGAUGACUCGUCACAUUUGACUGAUAUGCUGCCAUACGUACAGAUUAAAAUUUAAACCCAUAUCUUUUGUGAUAUGCUGUCAUUUUGCGUUGAUGAUCACAGGGGCCAUUCGUUUGGCAGCAGAAUGAUAGAUAGUUCUUGAUGAAGUUCCCUCUUGCCAGUAUUCCUGCACCUAUACUGUAACACUGCUUGCCUCACCUCAAUCUCCUUUGGUUGUCAAACUUAGUAAAGUACUUAGAGUGGAUGAUGUUUACUAGCGCGGUCGGUAUUAAAAAGAGUAUAUUUUUUGAAGGUAGAGUGUCUAAUCAAACAUGAAACGCUGCUCAAAGCUAUGAAAGAAGCCAUGACGUUGGCUCGACGUUGCCAAAUGGACUCUCCUCCCCUGCAGUCAGUAGUAAGUGCAUGAUCCUCCUGGUCGUCGGUUGCCCAGUUCAGGGGAAGAUCCAGUGACGCAGAUAGUGGAUCUCUUAGUAAUUAAAGACACAUUUCUGGUCUGCACCUCCGAAACCACACACUAACAGUAUGUGCAUAGCUCAAGCCUGGACUCACACAUUAUGUCACCCACACUCCUCAGUCACCUUGUGGAAUGAAGAAAUCUGAUGACCACAACUUCCACAAUCCGUCUAACUCACACUCUUGUUACUCACCAGCCCCCAUGUGUGCGUCCACACACACGGCAGCACUACCAGCGACUUGCUGAGAUGCACUUUUUUUUUUAAACAGCAGAGGAGAGGCUGGGCAUUUCCAGCCCUGCCCUCAGACCUCUCCUGGCCUCUGCUGUGAAUUUCCUCCCAGCAUUGAUGGCCUGCUGUGCAGACAGUUAAAGGGAUAAAGAUCUUUUGAAGUGGGUUCAUAUGAGGUACUUAUCCAUAGAUAGUGUAUUACGUACAGUAGAAGUCAGUCGGCACGCACCCAGUUUGGAGAAACAAGCAGGGGAAGUACCACCACGGAAGAUAUGCAUUCUGCUGCUGUGGACGGGGACAGCAGCAAAGGAUGUUUCAGCCACCUAAAAAAAAUUAAUAUCAGUUUAACUCCCUCUGCAGACGUUCUUCUCUAUACCCUGGUUCAUAAAGGUGUCCUCUUGUCUCCAUUACAUCGUCGCUGUGAUUAACACUCACUUUUUAAAUUUCUAUCUCCGCCUUGAGGGGAUCAUACGUUUGGUUGUGUGUGAGUGCGUGUAUCUGUGUCUGUCUACAGCUAUUCUUGCAAACUACUGGACCAAUCAGCCUCAUAUUUUCUGUGCACAUUUAUGACUGUAUGCUCAAGGACCUCUUGUGGUUGCGGUGAUUCAUUACUGUUGAAAAACCUGAAUGUUUUAUACGUCAUUGACUGCUGGCUCUUCAUUCCUCUUAACCAGCUAGUAGAGGCCGAGAGCUUCCCAGAAAUUGGCACGGCUUAAACCAACGAGCCUUACCCUAGGUGGCAGGUCACAAUUUGGCCUCCGUCUUGGCUCAAACACUGACCGGAGCAUCUGCAGAUUAAUUCCAUAACAGAUACAUUGUGAUCCACUAAAGUUUGGCACGAUACGGGAUGAAUCAGUCCCUGUUUUUUGUUAUCUUUGCUGCCAUCUUGACUGUAAGAGAAAUUUCACCUUCCGCGGUUUGUCUGCGACACAGUUUUGUUCGGUCUGCCUCACAGUUUCAUGCCGCACCAAGACAGUGGAGCAAUUUGCCUACCUGAUUUUGUAGACCUGCCGAUUUUGUUGAUUUGCUCAUAUUUCGUUGAUAUUUGUACCUCUACUGUAAGUAACUAAAUAAGCAGGCUGGGUCGUUAAAUGGUUUCUUUUUUUGUCUGUUGGAAUCGUUGUUAUUUCCUGCUUUGCUGUGCUGUAGCCUUCAGACAGAGUUAAUACUGUUGAAGUCCAGUAAUGAAGGACAUGGAUCAAAGAUUUGUGGCUGUGUUUUAGUUUUUAAAAAUGCAUUCUUUCUCAUAUUUAUAUUGUAAAUAUUUGUCACACAUGGUGCACAUUAGCAGGAAAACUUUAUUUGCUCUGUGCAACACGCUGCAGCCUUGUCAAAAUAGACAAGGCGGUUGUUUUUUGGCUUCUGGGACGCUUUUGAAACGCCGCAGUGCAUCUGCUGAAAUUACGCUCAUGCCUACGAAUACGGAAGUUCUGUGGUUGAGAAGAUAAAGUGCCAAAGGAAAGGGGCUCCCUGGCAGCGAGGUAAAGCGGUGAAAAUAUUUUAAAUAUAGUGUACAUUUAAACUGAUUUCUUUAGGUGGCUAAAAUACAUAGCAAUAGUACAUUGCUUAGCUUCUGUGUCGGUACUCCUGUCUGCUUCUCCAAACUGUCAUCACAUGUAUGUAACACUAUGACUGUGGAUAAGUACCUCAUACAACCCCACGUCAAAAAAUCCAAACUAACCUUUUAACGUCCCUGCACAAACCCUCCUCAAGGAAGAAUCAUUGGGAUACAUUUUAGUUUUGCUGUUUAUUUAUUCUUUAUCGAGGGACCUGAUGAUGACAUGACGCUGCGAGUUCCUCACAUCUCCAUCAGAUCGUUCCCUCUUGAGUUUGAAACACUGUAAUAUACCACAGCCUCGCAUCUAUUAUUAUAAACUAAGUGUUGUUGGUGGUGCUCACCUGCAUGGCUGAACCUUCAUUGGCUUUUAAAGCUCAACAUUCUUCUUCUUCUUAAUGUAUUGGCCUCCACUAAUCGAGCCGCAGUGAUUCGUGUGUGUGUCCACACUGCCUCACAGUUUGCUACGGGCCUCUGCAGAUGCCUUGUGUGUCACUGCUUAAUCUCUAGGCUGCCAAAUGGUCAUAUAAUCUUAAAGGUGUUUGUCCUGUAUGAUUUGUUUACAUGAGAAAAAACAAUAUAUCACGAAAUCCACUAUUUUUUAAAAUAAGAAUCCAAAGUGAAACCCAAGUUAUACCUACUGUUAAAGUAAUAGUAGAGAAGAAGACACAGUGAAGUAUUAACCUGAGAAGUGAGGGAGUGGUUUACAUUAAAGGAAUGUAUUAAGAGUCAUGGAUAUGACAUGAAGAGAGCGCAUCAGUGUACAAAUCCUCCCAGUGUGAAUGUUUAGUUGUUGAAGUAACACUUACCUGUCUUUUCUUUCCUCUUUCCUUUCUUUAUUUACAUUCCUGUGAAUCCCAGACGACCUAUAGCUCUAUAUUGUCGUGUUUGUGAACGCUGAAUGUGUACCUGCGAAGACUCCAUUUAGAAGCAGAGACUGUAAAUCUGUUUUGCUACUGUCGUUCCCAGUGUUACUUUCUGCCUCUCUCCGACCACAGACGUACCUCACCUCCACUCACUUCUGUAUUUUUUCCUGCUUCCUUGUAAAAUCCUGCCAAAUGAAGAUAUUUAAUAAAUUAUGUAAGUUAUAUAACAGUGAGUUCACUACCUGUUCUCCCUAGUGGCAUUGCUGAAUAGUUUACACGUUCUAAGCUUGAAGUCAGAAACUCUAAAUUUGUUUAUGUUGAAGCUUGGUGUGACAAUAAAGCUUUUUCAUGUGCUCUUA